AUCAGCUGGUCAGUCUCUUGUACGUCCUGCGUCAUGACGCACAGCCGGUAACGUGUUGGACCCGGCGUCCCGCGUCAUAUCUUCCAACACAUCCGCCGCUUCCUGGCCGGCCCGGGCCCCGCUCCACACGGAACCGCUCCCCGGGCAUCAGAGACGGGCUGCCCCGCUCAGAGUGCGAGGAGCUGCGGCCGCUGGGAGCGAAUGAAACGGCUGAAACCUGCACACGAGCCCCGAGAGUCGCUGCUGGCGUUUGGGGAGGAAGGUGGAGCCUGAGGCGCAGCAGCCGUGGUGAUGGUGUUGGACUCAGGUGAAGUCUUCAUGGAUCAGGUCGAGGGUUGUGAAAGUGUGGGGAACAGGAGGGACCUGUUGGAGCCAGAUCCACCUAAACCCACCACCAGCACCAGCUCCACCAUGACUCCCAGAACGCCAACCAAAAGGAGUGAUGUUGCCAAGAAGGGGAAGGUGUCCCACAACGGGCUGAUGAGCAGCAGCCAGGUCGUAGAGAGGUCAUCAAAAGGUGGUGGUGGUGGUGCCACCACGCCCAAACCUCCACUCCGCCGUCCCCUCAGCUUGGACAUGACGCCCCAGCGCCUGCGAGGGUCUCAGGAGCAGAUGGCGGACAGGCGGAUCAUGCAGCCUCCUUGGCGCAGCGGUUCGGCCGCCCCGUCGCCCCCGGCGCGCAGCCUGACCAGCCCCAGCCUGGGCGCAGGCGGCUGGAUGCGCCGCAGCGAGAGCACCUGCUCCGUGAAUUACUCCCUGGGGCUCCGGGCUGGCAGGGGGAAGAUGAGACCCGCCACAUCCCUGCCACAUAUAGCGAAGGGGGUGGGGACCACCACCAACACCACCACCACGACGUCCUCCAGGCCCUGUCUGCUCGUCGCCCUCAGGCCUCUCAACCUGGAGCAGGAGAAGCAGACGUUCUUCCAGUCCGACUACAAGUACGAGCCUCAGUUUGAGUACAUGCAGCCUGAGCCGAGGAGUGUGCUGGAGAAGUACAGGGAGGGAUCAGGCCUCUUCCUCGAGCAGGCUGUCGGGAUCAUGGAGUGCGUCCUGAGGAAGUUUGGCUCCUACGAGAACUUCGAAGAGGUGACGGGUGGAAACGUCCUCCCUAAAAGUCAAGUGUGGGCCGCUGUUCGCAAAUAUCUGCAGAAAGAAGGCUGCGUGGGAGAGGUCGUUGUACGUCUGUCUGACGAGCUGCUGUCUCAGGCGGUGAUGGUGGUGGAGAGCUGUCGUCCCACUCUGACCAUCAACCUGGCUGGAGCUCGGCAGCACUGGCUGGAGGGGAUGCUGAGACAUGAGAUAGGCACGCACUAUCUGCGAGGGGUUAACAACAACCUGCAGCCGUGGUCCACGUCCGAAGGCAGGAAGAAGUACGGCCUCAAACCGGCCAAUCCCACGGAGGAGGGCCUGGCCAGCCUCCACAGCGUGUUGCUGCGGAAACAGCCCUACCUGUGGCGCGCGGCGCUGCUCUACUACACGGUGUACCACGCCACCAGCAUGAGCUUCAGCCAGCUCUUCAGCCACAUCGCACGAUUCGUCCAAGACCCGGACGUCCGCUGGGAGUACUGCCUGCGAGCCAAGAGGGGACAGACGGACACCUCGCAGCCUGGUUGCUUCAGUAAAGAUCAGGUUUAUCUGGACGGGAUCCUCCGAAUCCUUCGCCAUCGAAGGAACAUCGACUUCAAGAUGUUGACUUCUUUAGGCAAGGUGUCUUAUGAAGACGUGGAGAGGCUGCGGCCGCUGGCGGUGUCCCCACGGACCAGAAUCCCACACUUCAUGCGAGACCAGGAGCGGUACCUGCAACAUCUGGAUCACAUCGUCGCUGUCAACGAGCUGGACGAUUCAGCCCUGGAACAUCUGUUACCCUGACUGCCCUGACCCCAACCCCACCCAGGCACCACCUGAAUCCAAGAAGAAGGAGAAGGAGAAGAAGCGGAGAUGCUGGUACACAGACUGUGUCAUGUGCCAUUUGGUAAGCAGAUACGUUUUAAAAUUGGAGCAGGUAGUCGUCGUCGUCGUCUGCUGAUCUCACCAACCUCGGCCUGGAUUCGCCUAAACGAAUGCACCUAUUUGUAACGCACGAAUGUUGCACAAAGUGUUUUAUGUUCUGGAAGACACCUUGAAUUUCCAGUUUAUUUAUUAAAAAGUACACACACACAAA